UUGCAGGGUGCGCAGUGUUACGACGUUAAACCAUGCUUAGUAGAAAAGCUUUUGGCUUGUCGAACCAUUCGUAAGGCAAAGGACAACUUCAAAGAAGAAGAGCAGGAAGAGAAAGAAUCAUUGGCAUUUUUCAAUACGUUGACUCUCGAUUUUGAGUUUAGGUCUUUCAUUCACUGCGAAUGGAAGUCAGUGGACGAAUUGGAGGAAACCGACAAACGUAUCCGCCAGAAGAUUAAACGGUUCCAUCAGAAACGCCAAAAGUGUGAUGAAGAUGAACCGUUUAACCCGGAUUAUGUGAUGAUUGACCGCAUUUUGGACACAAUCUCGGUGGAGGAUUCUCUGCAAGAGCUGCACGUUGACAAAAAACGCGUCACGAAGCGGUAUCUGGUGAAAUGGCGUUCUCUGCCCUACGAUGAAUCGACGUGGGAAGAUGAAAAAGACGUCGACCCAGCGUGCAAAGCAAGGCCAAAAGCUAGCGACUGGUGUAAAAUAUCUGACGAUCCGGAGUACAAAUGCGGCAAUAAACUUAGGGAUUACCAGCUAGAAGGAUUGAACUGGUUACUGUUCUGCUGGUAUAACAGACGAAACUGUAUACUAGCCGACGAAAUGGGUCUCGGUAAAACCAUACAGUCGAUCACGUUUCUUGAGGAGAUGUGCCGCUACGGCAUACGUGGUCCGUUUCUUGUCAUUGCUCCACUGUCCACAAUAGUCAACUGGCAGCGAGAAUUCGAAAAUUGGAGCGACAUCAACGUUAUUGUUUACCACGGGACUACAGUCAGCCGACAGAUGAUCCAGACGUACGAGAUGUACGUUAGAGACGAAAAGGGCGCUAAGCGCGAAAACGUGAACAAAUUCGAGGCACUGAUUACCACGUACGAAAUGGUCCUUGCUGAUUGCGAUAUAUUCAAAGAGAUCACGUGGAAAGCGCUUAUCAUUGACGAAGCACAUCGCUUAAAGAACCGGAACUGCAAGUUGCUCAGCGAGUUGUCUACGUUUAAAGUGGACCACAGGGUGCUUCUUACGGGCACCCCUCUGCAGAAUAACGUUGAAGAGCUGUUUUCGUUGUUGAAUUUCUUGGAGCCCCAGCAGUUUUGCAACUCGGAAUUAUUUCUGUCAGAAUUUGGUACACUUCAAACAGAUGACCAGGUGCAGAAACUUCAGGAGAUAUUGAAACCAAUGAUGCUGCGAAGACUGAAAGAGGAUGUGGAGAAGUCACUGAAGCCCAAAGAAGAAACUAUAAUCGAAGUGGAAUUAACGAAUACACAGAAGAAGUACUACCGGGCAAUUUUGGAACGCAACUAUUACUACCUCUCUCACGGCGCUUCGGUGCCGUCUUUAAUGAAUACAAUGAUGGAGUUGCGGAAGUGCUGCAACCACCCGUUUCUCAUAAAUGGGGCAGAAGACAAAAUAAUCACCGAUUAUCGUGCUGCGCACAAAGAUCUGACCGAAGAGGAACUUUACCAAAGAACCAUGGUUCAGUCGUCAGGGAAGCUGGUGCUAAUUGACAAGCUGUUGCCUCGAUUAAGGAGCACCGGUCACAAGGUUCUUAUCUUUUCCCAAAUGGUCAAGUGUCUAGAUAUUCUUGAGGAAUAUCUUUUUCACCAAAAGUACACUUACGAGAGGAUUGAUGGAAGCGUUCGUGGUGACCUUAGGCAAGCAGCGAUCGAUCGGUUCUCGAAACCCGAUUCGGACAGGUUCAUAUUUUUGCUGUGCACUCGUGCUGGAGGUCUGGGCAUAAACUUGACCGCGGCCGAUACAGUGAUCAUCUUUGAUUCUGACUGGAAUCCGCAGAAUGAUCUUCAGGCGCAAGCGCGGUGCCACCGGAUUGGCCAAGAGAAAUUCGUCAAAGUGUACCGUCUAAUCACCAGAAAUUCAUACGAACGCGAAAUGUUCGACCGCGCCUCUCUGAAGCUCGGUUUGGACAAGGCGCUGUUGCAGUCAAUGGGCAACAACCGUGAGAACGUGUCCGCGGUAAGUUUCUGUAACAUUUUUAAAUUUUUGAAAUGUGGCCGAAUCUCAUUUAUUCGAUCUUGUCAUUUCCACGAUCAAGACAGUGCUGUAUGGGUGGUCUAUCUAACAUUUCCGCGCCUCGAACUGUUGAAAAGCAGAUGCCUCAAAUCUUCUAUCAUUAUGACCCAUAUGGCUCUAUUCAGUAGCUGGCCUGGUAUGUUCACGCUUUGGAAUCCACGAUAUCGAGUUUAUCCGAUUGAUUGGGUACUAGGGUCGUUGGAAAAGCCUCGAUGA